AUGCCAACCUCGUCUGUCAACUUCCUUGAAGAACUUCCCGAUGUCGUCUUCUAUGCGGUGAUGGGGAAACUUCCUGCACGCGUCAUCGAAAAUACUAUUCGACAACUCUCAAAGGAUUGCUAUAGAAAGGUCGAGCUGCGCAGAGCAAGACUUCCUCGUGUUUAUAUCAAGGUGCUUGAUAUUAGAGGGAACACGUUUCGCUAUAGAAGGCCUAGCAAUAGUGCAAUGAAUGACCUUCACUAUGAGGAAACGAUCGAUCCAGCUAACUUAAUUCAACAUUUGGAGUAUUUGAAUGAGCGUGUCACCUUCAACACCCUCCGUUUGAACGAUGUCGAUUGGGAUAUUUUUGCAAAUUGCAAGUUCAAAUGCGAAGAAUUGUCAUGUUUUGUCAGUGGAACGACUCUUUCGCCGGAAAGAUUCAUGGAUAUUUUUCGCAGUAUAAGACCAACACGCAAGCUAGAUAUUUAUGCGGAUGGGGACGACAAAAUGUUUCCGGUUACGACAGACUUUUUCACGAAUAAUUAUGCGAUUGGAUUGCAAGAAGUUCGGUUGGCUGGUUUCGGGAUUGAUAUGGUUAAUCCACUAAAUGACACGAUCUUGUUGGAUUCAACUUUUCCGAUUUUUCGCUUUUUUUUUUCAAGAAAUUGCGGGUUCACUCUUAAUGGGAUUCUAGCGAUGAUCCGAGACUGGUACACUUCGGAGCGUCAAAUUGAUCACAUUGAGCUUCAAGUAGUUGGUGGGGAAGCGCAACAUCAAAAUUUCUUGCACAGCUUAGCUGGAUGGCUAGUUGAUAAAAGGCUCCUCUCCGAUGGUUGCAUCUCUUCUCGGCCCGCUUUGGAAAGAGUAAAUGGGGACGUCCUUAAGCUUCGUGUUGACAUUCGAUUAGGAGACUAUCUUAAUAUCUCCAUGGUUCGACUAGUGCCCGGCCCGGAAGCUGGCUUAUAUAGGCGGUAUGAUGACGUGGAA